ACAGGUGAGCCUGUGUCUCCUUGUGGGCUUGGGCUGAAGCCUUUGUGACAAGCGGCGGCAGCGGGCGUGGGCGAGGCGGCGGGUGUCGCCGGGAGGCUCUUAGGGGCUGGCGGCAUCAUGGAUCAGGUAAUGCAGUUCGUGGAGCCGAGUCGGCAGUUCGUGAAGGACUCAAUCCGGCUGGUGAAAAGGUGCACUAAACCUGACAGAAAAGAAUUCCAGAAGAUUGCCAUGGCAACAGCAAUAGGAUUUGCUAUAAUGGGAUUCAUUGGCUUUUUUGUGAAAUUGAUCCAUAUCCCUAUUAAUAACAUCAUUGUUGGCGGCUGAACACCUUUUUAGGAGACUUUUUCCAUCUUGGGAAUUGGUGAAUAAGUGAGGAUUUGAGAAGCUCAUGGAGUAAAAAUUUGCCUAUAUGUUUUGUGUUUUUCUUUCAUUUUUGUCUUCCAGGGUGUUUUGUAUUUGUAAAUUAAAACAGUUUCAAAAUAAACAAACGUAACUUUUUCCAUCAUA